AUGAACACGAGUACAAACGACCACCGGCACGAGUUAUGGAAUAGCGUGAAAAUCUCGACAGCAGAUUGUGAUGGGUUUGCGACGGCUAUACAAGUUGAAAGUUGGAUGUUCGGAGCUUUCAACAGUUUAUCAUUCUUAUCUCCAGAGUUGGUUUAUCUCGAUAAGUCAUUAAGUUGUCGGCAUUCAUUGAAUAAAAAUGUCGUGAAUGAGGUUGUUGUAUGGUGUAACGACGAGGUUGAUGGCCUUGGUAUGGUGGUGAGUAAUUUGAAAUGA